AUGGAAGAAAGCCCUCGAGCUAGCAGAAAGCGAAGCCACCCUUUUUCUUCUUCUUCUCCGUCUCCUCCACUCUCCAAGCGCCCCAAUUUCCCUUCCUUCCAAGACAUCCCCAAUCUUCCUUCCAACAUCAAAUCCCUCUGUCACCUCAUUGCCACUACCUCCGCCGCCGCCAUCGAGCACGCCCUCGAAUGCGCCGCAGUCAUCAUCACCCCUCACGACGUCGAGGAAGUCCUCAGACUCUCCUACGGCUUUCCAGGCCAGGCCGUCAAAUUCUUCCGGUGGAGCGGCCGCCAACUCCACGACAAACACACUCCCUAUUCCUGGAACCUUGUGGUCGACCUUUUGGGCAAGAAUCGCUUCUUCGACGCGAUGUGGGACGCUAUUAAGUCAAUGCAGAAAGAAGGGCUACUCUCGCUGGCCACGUUCGCCUCUGUCUUCGGGAGCUACGUCAUCGCCAACAGAACCCGGGAAGCGAUAAUGGCGUUUGAGGUUAUGGAGAAUUACGGUGUUGUGAGGGACGUGAUUGCUUUGAACUCAUUGUUGAGUGCAAUUUGUAGGGAUGGUAGGACAGUUGAUGCUUGUGAUUACUUGCAGAUUGCUAAGAAAUUUGUCCGGCCGGAUGCCGAUUCUUACGCGAUUUUGAUGGAGGGAUGGGAGGGAGAAGGAGAUAAGGGUGUGUUUGGUGCGAAGGAGACUUUUGCUGAGAUGGUGAUUGAGAUUGGAUGGGAUCCUGCCAAUGUGCCUGCUUAUGAUUCAUUCCUGUGUGCCCUUGUUAGAGGGCCUGAUGGAUUGCUGGAGGCUAUUAAGUUUGUUGAUUCGAUGAGGGAUAGGAGGUGUUACCCUGGUGUGAGGUUCUUGAAGGUUGCAUUGGAUGAGUGUGUCAAGUUUCAUGAUGCUAGGACUGCAAAGUUUUUCUGGGAGGUGUUGGUGGAGGUGGGGAGGGUGUUGCAACCCACCACGGAGAUGUACAAUUUGAUGAUUGCUUUGUUUUGUUAUUGUGGUGAUACUGAUUCUGCGAGGAGGAUGCUUGAUGAAAUGGGGAGGAAGUUGAGGGAGGCGUCUGCAGUGUUUACUGAGAUGGUGAAGAACGAGUUCGUGCCGGAUCAGGAUAACUGUGAUACUGCGGUUAAGGUAUAUGUGGAUGGUGGGGAGCCUCUUUUGGCGAUUAAGGUUUGGAAGUGUUUGGUUGAGAAUUAUCAGAAUGAUUUGGAGCGGACUGCGAAUUUUCUGGUGGUGGGGCUUCGUGAUUUGAAUAGGGUUCCGGAGGCGGUUAAGUAUGCCGAGGAUAUGAUUGAGAGAGGAAUCAGGUUGUCCUCUUCCACACUGUCAAAGCUGAGACAAACCCUUGUCAAGGAAAGAAAGGAAUUUGUGUAUGAAGAACUUUUGAGAAAGUGCAAAUCUCAAUAA